AUGAUAAUUGCUCCCAAUGUCUGCUUGUCAUUAUUAACAAAGAAACUUCCAGAAGAUCAGAAAGACAACAUAAACCUCAUUAUCUAUGGCUGUCUCGUCAGUGCGUCCCUCAUCUUUGCCGUCAUUCGAACUUAUGGAUUCUUUCUCGUUUCCUUAAGAUCUUCAGAACGCCUUCAUGACAAAAUGGUUUUGGCAAUUUUACAAGCACCGGUUCUAUUCUUUGAUUCAAAUCCCGUGGGAAGAAUACUCAAUCGAUUUUCUAAAGAUGUAGUCUGCCUUGACGAGCUGUUGCCCAAGACUUUUCUAGUAUCUAUCCAGCAAGUGUUGGUGGUGUUUGCGUCAAUGAUUGUACCAACUGUUACAAAUCCUUGGCUUCUAUUUCUUGUUACUCCGUUGAUUGUGCUAGUCUUGUAUAUCUCAAAGUAUUACCUGAAGACGUCAAGAGAUCUCAAAAGGUUAGAGUCAAUAUGCCGCAGUCCAGUCUUCUCUCACUUUUCCGAGACCCUAAAUGGACUGGACACGAUUCGAACCAGACGAAGACAAACGGAUUUCGUGGAUCAGUUUUACAGAUGA